AUGGGAGACGCAGAGAUCAAGGCUUCGUCGUGGAGACUGGUAGAGGUCGGCCGAGUCGUACUCAUCGCUGAGGGACCUGCUGAGGGAAAGUUGGCUGCUAUCGUUGAGAUUAUCGACCACAAGCGUGUCCUUAUCGACGGGCCAUCAACAGACACCAAGACCGCUGUCCCACGCCAAUCGAUCGCUCUGGCUAAGGUCAUCCUCACACCCCUCGUCCUCGAGAAGCUUCCAAGAGCUGCCCGAACCGGUGUUGUCAAGGCGCAAUGGGAGAAGGCUGGUAUUGAGGCAAAGUGGCAGGAGAGCGCGUGGGCCAAGAAGCGCAGCCAGAAGGAGCGCAGAAAGGCUCUUACCGAUUUCGAGAGAUUCAAGGUCAUGAGAUUGAGAAAGCAACAGCGAUUCGAGGUCCGAAAGUCGUUGGCAAAGGUUAAGGCUUCGGCUUAG